AUGGACGAAGAUUACACUAAUGUCGGCUCCGGCGAGGGCGACCGCGAGACCACCCGAGUCUGGCGCACUUGGCGAACGGUCUUUGAGAUGCUGCGGGACCGCGGAUACGAAGUCACAGACGAAGAAGUCCAAAUCAAGCUCGACGAGUUCAAACUGAAAUAUGUGGAUGACAAAGGAUAUCCCAGCCGCGAAAAGUUAAAGAUCCAAGCCCGCCCGACCGAAGCCAUGAAGGCGAAAUACACGGCCCUCCCCACACCCUCCAACCGCGAGCCCCAAGCGGACUGUGGCACAAUCUACAUCGAGUUCUGCCCCGAUGACAGCGGUAUCGGUACCAAGCAAGUGCGCUCUUUCAACCACACCGUCGAUGAAGGCAACUUCCACACCGGCAUCUUCAUCACUAAAACGCCAAUCUCUCCCUCCGCUGUGCGCCUUCUCAACGGGAUCCCCGGCCGCAUCUGCGAGCAUUUCCAGGAACAGGAUCUUCUGGUUAACAUCACACGGCACGAGCUUGUCCCGAAACACGUCCUUUUGAGCCCGGAGGAGAAGGGCCGUCUGUUACAGCGAUACCGUUUGAAGGAGUCGCAGCUGCCGAGAAUGCAGGUGUCAGAUCCCGUCGCUAGGUAUUUGGGGCUGAGGCGCGGACAGGUUGUCAAGAUCAUCCGGCGGAGUGAGACUGCAGGGCGUUAUGCUAGUUACCGAUGGGUUAUUUAA